AUGUCCACUAGUAGGUUAGAUGCAGUGUAUCGAAGUAUUUUACUUACAAAAUUUUUCACAAAAGGUUGGGGUAAACCUGAGAAUUUACGCAGGUUAUUUGAGUUCAGAAAAGUAGUAUCCAAUCGUGAUGAAUGCUUCAAACUAAUAGAACGAGAUUACCCAGUCACUAUCACAAAGGAACAAAAUUUCACAGACUGCCAUCUCCUUGAAGGAUACUUCAUCACACCAUUAGAGCGUUACCUUCCUGGCAUUGUGCCAGAGAUUGCACAAAAAGCCCAUUUUCAAGUUAUACUACCGGUUCAUUGGCCAGAGCCCACAUGCAAACCUGUUUGUCUCCAUCUUGCUGGUACUGGUGAUCAUUUUUUCUGGCGGCGACGGAAUUUGAUGGUAAAACCUCUACUCAAGGAAGCAGGGAUUGGCGGGAUAAUACUAGAGAACCCCUUUUAUGGCUUACGGAAACCUAUAGAUCAAGUUCGGUCUUCACUGCACAAUGUGUCAGACAUAUUCGUGAUGGGUGGGUGUUUGAUACUCGAGUCACUUGUUUUAUUCCAUUGGUGUGAGCGGAAUGGACUGGGCCCCCUUGGUGUUACUGGCCUAUCCAUGGGCGGACACAUGGCAUCUCUAGCAGCUACAAAUUGGCCUAAGCCGUUAGUGCUUGUACCUUGCUUAUCGUGGUCUACUGCCUCAGCAGUCUUUUUGCAGGGUGUAAUGUCGCAAUCAAUCAACUGGGAUCUUUUGGAAGACCAAUAUCUUUCAGACGGAAUUUACAGAGAAAAACUUUCUAAAAUGGUAACUAUAAUAGAUGAAGCGUUUUUAGCUGGCAAGAAAUUUGCACGCUCAUAUUCGCAUAACAUGGAGAAAACACAGGACCAAUCUAAAACAAAUUUCAAUGCAAACAAUGAUAAAAACGUUGAUGUCACUUACAGAGAACCGAAUAGUGCCAAAGAUGUCACCGAAGUGACUAAAAAUAUACACCCGAGUGAUAAUAUCAGUAAAAUUUGUCCCAAUACAGAAUACGACAACCACUUAGCGGUAGUACACGAAGAAUUGAAGAAAUUACUUAAUGAGGAUAAAAUUAAUAAAGAGCUUUACGACAAAUUGAUGUCCAACGAGAAAUUUCAGCUAGAAUCCAAAGAUAUUGAAGAUAUAAACAAAUUAACUGAAGUUCGUAUAAAGGAAUUAUUAUUGAAAUAUAAAGUUGCACUCAUACAAAAUGAAAUCAAUGAUACAAAAGAUGAAAUAUCUAAACAAGAAGCUCUAAAAAAAGAUGCUCCUCCUCUCCAGAAAUCUUGGGAAAGUAAUUUAAAUAUGGAACUGCCAAAAACAAGUGAUGUAUCCAAAGAAGAAACGGUUACAAAAGUAAAAAAGAAUGAAUGGAAGUGGAACAUUUCAGAGCUAACUUCGGACUUUUGGGUGAACUUGCCAUUUUUGAAAUCGAAUGAAAAGAAGAUCGAUAUAAAUAAAAUACAUUGGAGGGAUCGAGAGGCAUUACAGUUUAUGCGAGGCAUUAUGGACGAGUGCACGCAUCUCAGCAACUUCUCUGUUCCAUAUGACACUUCUUUGAUUAUUGCGGUGUGCGCUAAACAUGAUGCGUACGUACCGCGCGAUGAUGUAGGCACUCUAGAAGAAAUAUGGCCGGGAGCGGAAGUGAGAUACGUGGACGCCGGACACGUAUCCGCUUAUAUACUCCACCAAUCAUUAUUCAGAGCAUGCAUCAAAGAAGCUUUCGAACGAUCGAAAAGAAAAUGGAAAGACGGCAAACAUAUCGACUGA